CUGCCUCUGCGGCCCUCCCUCCUUUCCCUCUCCGCCGCAGCCUGCUUACCCAGCUCAGCGUCCACACCUCGGCAGUUUUACCAACCCGGCGCCUGGAGAGAGCUCGAGAAGGGGCGGGGUCGGCGCGGUGACGUGCACAGAAGCUUAUAAAGGCUCCCUCACCGCCCCUCAGCCGGUACCCCACUCAUUGGCCGGUCGCGGGCCGCCUCCCAGCUGCCUGGUCCGCUUGCUGGACGCGGGCCAAGGGAGGCGGCGCGCCACGAGGGCUCGGGACUGAGCUGGCAAUGUGGUUUCCACUCCUGCUGCACAGCCAUUGACUUCAAUAAAUUAUAGCUCCGGUGGGCAAGAAAAGGACACCUCACUGAUGUCGGGAACCCAGUGGAAGGUGACGAGGGAGCAAAAGGUUGAGCUGAGAGAUGGGAAAACUGAGACGCCCCGCCCUUCCAGCUGGGGGGUCUGGGCAGAGACCGAAGAGCGUUCCCCAGGAGGCCUCCGGAUCCAGCAAGUCUCCCGGUGCUGAGUUGCGUCUCUACAGAUUGUGACAAGCGUCUGUUGCAACUACGAGAGCCCUGUUUGUCUUUUAGGGAAAGCAAGGUAAAAAGAAACUGAGGCAGAGAGCACUAAGUUACUUGAUCAAGGCCACAGCUGACCCCCCAGCACCUUUGGUUGCUGAAGGGAAGAACAGGAUGGAUGUGGUGUUGAGAAGGUGCUUUCUCCAUUUGUGUGUGAUAAGUGCUCUGCUGGCUGUGGGGGCCACAGAAGGACCCAGAGACCAGGACUGGCUUGGAGUCUUGAGGCAACUCAGAACUAAAGCCUGGAACAGGCAGCUGUAUCCAGAGUGGACAGAAGUCCAGAGGCCUGACUGCUGGAGAGGUGGUCAAGUGUCCCUGGAGGUCAGUAAUGAUGGGCCUACACUGAUUGGUGCAAAUACCUCCUUCUCUAUUGCCCUGCGCUUCCCUGAAAGCCAAAAGGUACUGCCAGAUGGGCAGGUUAUCUGGGCCAAUACCACCAUCAUCAAUGGGAGUCAGGUGUGGGGAGGAGAACCAGUGUACCCCCAGGAACCUGAUGAUGCCUGCAUCUUCCCUGAUGGUGGACCCUGCCCAUCUGGCCCUUCGUCUCAAAGAAGAAGAUUUGUUUAUGUCUGGAAGACCUGGGGCCAAUACUGGCAAGUUCUGGGGGGUCCAGUGUCCAGGCUGAGCAUUGGGACAGGACAGGCAAUGCUGGGCACACACACCAUGGAAGUGACUGUCUACCAUCACCGGGGAUCCCAGAGCUACGUGCCCCUUGCUCGCUCCAGCUCAGCCUUCACCAUUACUGACCAGGUACCUUUCUCCGUGAGCGUGUCCCAGCUGCAAGCCUUGGAUGGAGGGAACAAACACUUCCUGAGAAAGCAACCUCUGACCUUUGCUCUUCAACUCCAUGACCCCAGUGGCUAUUUAAAGGGGGCUGACCUCUCUUACACCUGGGACUUUGGAGAUGGUACUGGGACUCUGAUCUCUCGGGCACUUGUGGUCACUCAUACUUACCUGGAGUCGGGCCCUAUCACUGCUCAGGUGGUGCUGCAGGCUGCAAUUCCUCUUACCUCCUGUGGAUUUUCCCCAGUUCCAGGCACCACAGAUGGUCAUAUGCCAACUGCAGAGGUUCCUGGCACCACCGUUGGGCAAGUGCCUACUACAGAAGUUAUAGGUACUACACCCAAUCAGGUGCCAACUACAGAACCAUCUGGAACCACAGCUGUGCAGGUGCAAACCACAGAAGUCAUAAAUACUGCAUCUGUGCAAAUGCCAACUGCAGAGGGAACAGGUACUACACUGCAGCAGCUACCAACCUCAGAGGUCAUAGAUACCACACUUGCAGAGUUGUCAACUACAGAGGUUACAGGUACUACACCUGCAGAGAUGUCAACUGCAGAGCCCUCUGCACAGGUAACAACUGCAGAGAUGGUGGAGACCACAGCUGGAAAGAUACCCACCCCUGAGCCUGAGGGUUUGGAUACUAGCCCAUUCAUGCCUACAGAAGGUAUUACAGGGUCCCUGAGCCCUCUGCUGGAUGGCACAGACACCUUAAUGCUGGUGAAGAGACAAGUCCCCUUGGAUUGUGUUCUAUAUCGAUAUGGUUCCUUUUCCCUCACCCUGGAUAUUGUCCAGGGCAUUGAGAAUGCUGAAAUCCUGCAGGCUGUGCCAUCCAGUGAGGGGGGCGCAUUUGAGCUGACUGUGUCCUGCCAAGGCGGGCUGCCCAAGGAAGCGUGUAUGGAUAUUUCAUCACCAGGGUGCCAGCCUCCAGCCCAGCGGCUAUGCCAGCCUGUACCACCAAGCCCAGCCUGUCAGCUGGUUCUGUACCAGGUACUAACAGGUGGCUCAGGGACCUACUGUCUCAAUGUGUCCUUGGCUGAUUCCAACAGCCUGGCAGUGGCCAGCACCCAGCUUGUCAUGCCUGGUCAAGAAGCAGGCCUUGGGCAGGCUCCCCUGCUUGUGGGUAUCUUGUUGGUGUUGAUGGCUGUGGUCCUUGCAUCUCUAAUAUAUAGGCGCAGAUUUAUGAAGCAGGGCUCAGCUCUCCCCAUUUCCCAGCUGCCACACAGUAGCACUCACUGGCUACGUCUGCCCUGGGUCCUCCGUGCUUGCCCCAUUGGUGAGAACAGUCCACUUCUCAGUGGGCAGCAGGUCUGAGUACUCUCAUAUGAUGACAUGAUUUUCCUGGGGUUGACAGCAAUGCCUAUCUUUUCUGCAGUCUUCCCUUGGAGACCACCAUUACCUGAA